GCCCGUGACAUCCCACAAUCGCCAGGACCAGUCGUCUCUGCUAUCCUGCGGUAACCCUGUCCAGAAUUAGGGCAUCGUAUUCAACUGCUGCAGUGUUUCCUGGGCCCGGCAUGUUCCACCAACAUCACCAUUGAAACCUGUCUUGUCUUCGGUUGAGCAACAGCCACGACAGGCUCAGGCUCCGCGAUGAGCAGGCUAUCCAGUAGACUCCUCCGGUCCCGCAUUAUUCAGGCCAGGGUCAUCAUCCAGAACCCAGCCCGGCUCAGUCGCCUGCCAUCGCCAUCAUAUCAAGCUGAUGCUCACCGCCAGCCCCCCCACCACCAAGAUGGCAGUGCUGACGCCCCAAGACGCCCCAGGUCUGACCGUGGGCGCGAGCCAUGGUCAUCGUCGUCCUCGUCCUCGUCACGCGAUGGCCAGGAACCCACCGGCUGGGCAGGCGGCCUGCAAAAGUUCAUCGAGGGCUGCGCCACGGCGGUCGGCUCGAUCCUGAUCCUCGGCAUCGCGGGCUACUCGUACCACGCGUACUACAAGGAGCACGUGCUGCGCAAGAUGGAAAACGCCUUUGCGGUGGGGUACUCGAGCGUCGAGCUCGCCGCGCUGAGCCGGCACAUUGACCCCAACAGCUCGCACGCGAGCGCGCUGGCCGCGGUGCUCGACGCGUCCGACGCCGACGCCGACGACGAGGACAACGGGUGGGUCAUGCGCGACGAGCAGCCCAUCAUCGACAGCAUCGUGGACGGCUCCACGAAGGGCUUCUACCACCUGAUCAGCGGGGAGAAGGGCACCGGCAAGACGUCCAUGCUGCUCAAGGCCAUGCGCAAGAUUGGCGGCGAGGGCGUCGCCAUGAUGGAGGCCCACGGCGACCCGGAGAUCUUCCGCAUCCGUCUCGGCAAGGCGCUGGACUUCGAGUUCCACGAGGACUAUAUCGGCAGCCUGUUCAGCUUCAAGGGCCCUCGCGAUACCACUGCGCUGCUGGACAUCGAGCGCGCGUUCAACAAGAUGGAGAAGGUGGCGCUCAAGCGCAAAGAGCAGGUCGGCAAGCCUCUCGUGCUCAUCAUCACGGGCGUGCACUUUGUCCGCGACGACGAGGACGGCCAGGACCUCCUCGAGCUCAUCCAGCAGCGUGCCGAGCUCUGGGCUGCGAGCGGGCUGGUGACGGUCGUGUUUGGCAGCGACGACUACUGGACCAUGGAGCGCCUCAUGUGGCAAGCCACGCGGCUACGCGUGACUUCGAUCCGCGACAUCCCACGGGACGCGGCGAUGCAGGCCGUCCGCAAGUUCCGCCACAAAGCGUAUGGCGAGGACGUGCCCGACAACAUCCUCGCCGAGGUGUACGCCAAGAUCGGGGGUCGGCUGAGCUUCCUCUCCCGCGUGGCCAAGAGCCCCGACAUGAUCCAGGCCAGCAAUGCCAUCUGCGACAGGGAGCGGCGCUGGCUGCUGAACAAGUACUGGAUCCUGGGCAAGGAUCUGGACCCUGGCGGCGAGGACCAGCAGGAUCUGUCGUCGGCAGCGAUGCUGCUUGCGAAGGCGCUCGUCGACAAGGAGGAGGCCAUGAAGCGCGAGGGCAACUACGACGGGAGCCUGCCCCAGAUCCCCCUGCACGAGGCCAGGCAGAUCAUGACGAAUGCCGCGUGGAUCAAGAACCACGACCACCACAACAUCUUCACGAUCAACCCGGACGGUAUGGUCCAAGCAGACUCCGUCAGCAUGCAGGCGGCCAUGCGGGAUAUUUGCAAGAUGCCCGGGUUCCAGGAGCAUCUCCAGGAGACCUUGGACAGGCUGGACGAGAUUGAAUCCUUGCAGAGGACGAGGGAAGUCACGUUGAAGGAUCUGGGAGAAGGGGGCAAGUAUAAACUUGUCCUGACUAAAAAUCCCAGUGGGGAGACCGAGGCAGAAUUGUCCCUCAAGACCGAGCCUGGAGCAGAAACUACAUAGACACUGAUCCGCAAGAAAAGAAUGGCCAGCCCGAACAAAACCUCGCCGACCCCUGUGAAGCCCAGUUGACCAGUGCAACCAAGCUGCGUGACGCACAAACUAGCACUAUUCAGACGCUUUCUUUUUGAAUGAGGC